AUGAGUAGGAACUUACAGAUGUUCGGUGUAGCAUGCGAUCAUCCGCCUAUCCUGAUUGUUAUGGAGUAUUGCCCUGGUGGUGACUUACAAACUCAUCUUAGAAAGCAAAAACUUGCGAUAGAUGUUGGGGAGAGGAUCGUCUACACGAUAGAGGCAGCACGUGGGAUGCGAUACCUGCACCGGAAAAAUUGCAUCCAUCGAGAUCUAGCAGCACGGAAUUGCUUGAUAUCGGCAAAAGGAAGCAUGAAGAUCGCAGAUUUCGGCUUAUCUAAGCUCGUCAACGACUUAGAGAAACAUGACAAAGAAGAACCAGAUAAGGAUGAGCCAAGCCCUCAAAUACCUUUAAGAUGGAUGGCCCCAGAAUCGCUCAAACGGCCAAUGAAGUUUAGCACUAAGACGGAUGUGUGGUCUUUUGCCGUUAUGAUAUAUGAGAUUUUCAACUGUGGGAUCAAACCUUGGCCAGACGAUCCGCCGAAGAAAAUCGCCACCAUGAUUCGCAAAUGCAACAUGCCCUCGAUGCCAGAUGGGACUCCUGAAGAAGUGAAACAGCUCACAUCACAGAUCUGGUGA